UUGAAGCUAGCCGAGGCUUCCCGAAGAGUGGAAGCAGCAAGAUGGGGGAAGCCGGUAACGAUAGCAGAGAGGGGAGUUCUAGGGGCCGAUCUAGUGGCAGACGUCAGAUUGAAUCGGAUGAUUCAGAUUCUGAAGAGUCAGUUGCAUUGACGACCAAACGCAAAUCUCAGAAAAGACGAACCGCAAUAGACAGUAACGACAGCGAUUCCGAUCUGGUUUCUACACGAAAGAAACCAACGUCGAAAUGACGGCUGUCCACGUCUUCAUCUAGUUCUUCCUCGUUCGUUUCUUCAAGCGAAGAAAUCAGUCUGGAGGAACUGGUCAAGAAGAUUCCACUGCCACGAGGAACUUCCGUCGAAAAAUUACUUCGAGUCAAACCGGUCGUAAGGCUCGAGAAGCUCAGCUCGGAAAAGAUCAAAUCGUUGACUUCUUCGGAGAAUGAAGACGAAGCAUCCUCCGCCGGAUCGUCGACCGUGUUCGAUUUCAACUAUCGUGUGAAGUGAAACAAAAAGCAGGGCCGAAAAUCGAUGGUAGAAUUGCAGCCGAUCAAACAGGUCAUCCGCUCCGACACGAACACGCUAACGGAUGCCUCGGUGGAGAUCGUGCGUCCCAAGACGCCUGCCCAGAAAUCUUUUGGAAAGCAGUUCAAACUGAAGCUUUUUGGGUCGAAAACCGUCCCACGAAAACGUUCCACCAGCGAGUCUGAUCCGGAGUACGUUACAGCGAAGAAAAGUUGAUUUAAUUUUAAUGACGAACUUGCAGAAUUUUCCAGCACUAGUGCACUAAGCAGGUCUUUCCCACGGCGCAAUAGAUUACUGCCAACGGUGCCACCUCAAGCGGAAAUGCGAUUCGAGACCGGGUUGACGUUGAUGCUCAAAAGCGAGAAAAUAUUCCGGAUUUCUCUACCCAUGCGAAUGUCAGCUGGUAUCACACUGCUUACAGGUACUGAGGGAGAACCUUCCAAAACUUUUAGUGUUUGGACUGCUGGUAUGGCACAAAGAAUGCACAAUGCACCACGAACCGACGGAGAAUCGUAUGUGCUGUGAUCAAUGUGAUUGGUGAGGCAGAAGGAAACAAGCCAGCACUUGCAUUAUCACGACGUUCUUAUGCAUAAUCUAGUGUGACGAAACGUUGGAUCAUGCGUAAGAACACCGUGAGAACGACAGAGUCGACUACAUUCCUUCUGCCGCACCUAUAGUAACGCACACGGCUCCCGCGCUGAC